CCACUUUUUCUUUUCCUUUUGUGUCAGACCCAAUUCUCACUUCUUCAACACAAUACAUAAUUCCCCUUUUCAGUCACCCUCAACUAACUACGACCACCGCAACGCCGCCACCCUUCCUCCGUCAGUUGUUGCAUGACCGCCACACACCCCUAAUUAAACUUUGGACCACAAAAAAGCUGCGUGCUAAACCAUUACCAUCACAAUUUCAAAGGUUCUAUAGUCGCACUUUCAAAUUCUCAUGCUAUUCACUCUCCACACACCACCCACCAUAUCAUGGAACCUUCUCAAAACCCACCACACAACAAAACAAUCAACACCCACUAAUCAAAAUCUUAUUUUUAGAAGAGUGAAAGCUUUUUCUGAUGGUGGGGUUCAGAAAGAUUCCCAACCGAUUCGACUUCCUUUUGUGGUUAAGAGUCCUACCAAAGUGUCUAGAUUCUUCUGGAAUGGUAGCUGCUUGCAGUUGGUAACUGUUGAUGGUGGUGGUGCUUCUUCUGAUGAUGAUGGAUUGUUUAGGGUGUUUGGUUCUGUUGUUAGGGAUUUCUUCAUUCCAAGACAGGUUACUGGGAAUUACAUGGAUUAUGUGAAGUGGAAGCUGCUUCAUCGUGUUUUCAGCUCUGCACUUCAAGUUCUUGCCACUCAGGCAAUGUUUACAGCCAUAGGAGUCGGAUACUCCAGUUCCCUUCCAUCAGCUGCUGCCCUUAAUUGGGUCUUAAAAGAUGGACUUGGACGACUAAGCAGAUGCAUAUACACUGCUAGCCUAGCAUCUGCUUUUGAUACUAAUUUAAAGAGGGUCAGGUUCGUCACAUCUGUUCUUUUUGUUGGAAGCAUUGGACUUGAGUUACUUACUCCUGCAUUUCCUCGAUUCUUCCUGCUGCUUGCAACUAUUGCCAAUAUUGCUAAACAAAUAAGCCUGGCGUGCUACUUAGCAACUCGGUCAGCUGUUCAUCAAAGUUUUGCCAAAGCAGACAACCUUGGUGAAAUUUCUGCUAAAGCACAGAUUCAAACAGUAUGCUUUGACAUCCUUGGUCUCAUGCUUGCUGCCCUUGUAAAUAUGUGGAUAGGGAACCAUCAAAGACCACAUGCAGGUCUCCAUUUCAUUGUUUAUCCCUUCUUUGCUUCUAUGGACCUUUUCGGGAUUUAUCAAGGACUAAAGCAUGUCCAUCUGCAAACGUUGACUAAGGAUAGGCUUGAAAUCAUUCUGAAUACUUGGAUUGAAUGUGGAUCUGUGCCCUCCCCGGCAGAGGUGAGCGAGAAAGAAGUAAUUAACUUUCUUGGAGUUAAAGGUAAAAGCUUGUGGCCAAUUAGAAUUGGAUGCAUAAAUCCCAAGGACCAAAUACCCAAGUGGUCAAUGAAGACAAUACAAAGCAUAACUGAUGAGGAUUAUUACUUUGUAUGCAUGGAGAUCUUCAAAGGAUUAAAAAGAACUGGGCAGCACCGUAUCGUUCUCUCCAUCCGUGAAGGAGCCGAAGCAGUGCAUAUAAUUAUGGGUUUGCUGCAGGCUUGCUACAUCAGAAGGACACUUGUGAACAGAAGUAAGUUGGACAGUAUAGGGGAAAACAAUGCAUCAAACUCAGCACUUGAAGAUUGGUCUGCAAUUGUUGAGGAUGGAAAGAGGUCUGCAGAAAGGGAUGUAACUAAUUUGAUUGAACAAAUGGUGGGAAUGGGUUGGGUGGUGAAGAACAUUUUAUUGUCAAAGCAAGAGCAGGCUAGAUACAGUUUUGUGUGUGAUUAGGGAGAUGGUUUUCAAAUUUUGGUUGGCUCCUUAAUAUCAUGGGAGUGUUUGGGGUUUACUAUUCAUUUUAAAAUUAACCUUUAGGUCAUUGGUUUUACUUAAGAAGGAAAAAAAUAAGAUGCUAAUUGUUAAUAAAAAAAAUGUAAAAAAAUGUAUCUUAACAUAUUAAUUAUUUGUCAUGUAUUUUACCACAUCCAAACUGAUUCACUUUACUUUACGUGAGAAUGUAUUUUCCAAAAUAAUA